UCUUAGUUUAUUAGUGCUCCUGCGCCGCUCGACCGAGCCGGUUGUUGCAAAUAUUUAACAUGAUUCGAAUACUGAGUGUGUUUGUGAUUGUGAUACUACAAAGGGACCUGGUGCUAGCAGACUGCGGGGUAGUAACGAGAGAGCAAUGGGACGGUCUAAGCCCGACUCGAGUAGAGUACCUGCCGCGGCCCGUCGGCCUGGUCAUCGUCAUGCACACGGUCAGCCCCCCGUGCAGCACGGACAAGGCCUGCGCGGAGCAGGUCCGGACCCUGCAGACCUACUUCUUGGACCAGCUUAACUACUGGGACUUGGGGCCUUCAUUCCUGAUUGGUGGAAACGGCAAAGUGUACGAAGGUCCCGGCUGGAUUCACGUCGGUGCUCACACCUACGGCUACAAUAGGAAAUCCAUUGGAAUAGCUUUUAUAGGCAACUUUAGCAAUGACAAGCCAACUCCUCAAGCACUGGCGGCCGCCAAGGCGUUAAUUAAGUGCGGAGUGACCGAGGGGCACCUGAAGAGCGACUACAAGCUAGUGGGCGCCCGGCAGCUCAUCGCCACGGAGAGCCCGGGCCGCAAGCUGUACCAGGAAAUACGCAGCUGGCCUGAUUGGACCGACAGUUUGGACGGAAUUAAAAACAACUGAGAAAA